GGUAACUUUCCGGAAGCUCAGGUACGACAGGUGAACUCCGCAGUCACCGAAGCUUUGGCAGUUUUUUCCCCCAACAUUUUCUGUUUUAGCUUGAGUUUAGGGGCCAGACGUUUAGAUUAGAGACGCAAUGAUCCACUAACUUAUUUAGGGGGGGAAAUGUUUUCUUUUUCUGUGAGGUUCUGGUCCGUAACCUGACCUUUCCUGUCGCAAAGCGCGACGUUUUAUUUUUUCCAAAGUCACAAAGUGAAAGUUGGCUUGGUCGUAAUGGCUCAUCGAUAUUUCUUUGCCUACUGUGUUUUUACCAUUUGUCAAGUUACAGGACAAUCUCCUAAAUAUGCUCUGCUGGGCCAUGAUGUCAACUUUGUGACCACCAUUAAAACUGCCCCUGAUGAAAUUUUGUGGAAACAUAAUGGGAACAAAAUGGUGGAGUUCAACGGCCAAAUGCAGCAGCAGUACGGCUCCUUCAAAGGAAGGGUCACUCUCGACUGGCAUUCUGCAAAUGUGCACAUCACCAACCUCAGAUAUGAAGACAGUGGACGUUAUGACCUGGAAAUAUACACCAAAAACAUACUGAAAAGCUCUCAAUAUGACCUGGAAGUUAUUGACAGCAUUGCCAAGCCCACCAUAUCCUGUGAGAUGAACGAUGGAGGCAGCUCAGGUAAAACUGGAGGCGGAGCCACGCUGAUGUGUUCUGCCGAGUCCAAACAAUCUCAGUCCUUACUGGAGUUUGAGUGGAGCUCAGAUGGUAACAAGCAGGUUGGGCCAAAGCUGAUAAUCCCUCUUGGAGACGUUCACGACAAGCAAGUGUACAACUGCACCGUUAGCAACCCCCUCACUACAGAAUCUGCUACUUUCACUGCUAAGGAGUGCUACUCCGAUAAAAUCCUGUCAACUCCAGGGAUUAUUGGUAUUUGUGUUGCAUCUCUGAUACUGAUUUUAAUAAGUGUUGUGGUCAUCUACAAGUUGUAUAAAGGAAAAUGUGAAUGUAUGACGAAAAGGGAUGUGGAAAACCAGUCAGAUCAGGACACAGCAGCUGGUUCAGAUGAAGAUCGUGAGGAAAAACAGGGUCUCAUAGACCGAGCUCCCACGAUGCCGUCACACCAGUCUCUUUGUCAUUUAAACCAAAAGCCCACUCACAAUGACUCAGAGAAAACCAUACAAGACCUGAGAACUCCAUCGAACUCCAAAAAGCAUACCCCAGGACAUCUAGAGGACAAGAGAAAGUCAACAGCUCCUCCUGUGCCUGAAACGUCAGGGCUUGUUGGGGAACUUUCUAUAAGACUCACAGCAAAAGAAAAUGGAGUGACGCCCUCAGCGGCUGUGGAGAGAAAUGCCCCUGAACCCGCAGCAUCUGCAGAGGCUGAUGUUACCUUACCUGGUUGUGACAAACAAAGUUCAGAAGAGAGGAGGAUCGAAUCAUCUGCUUCCUCUUCAUCUGGAAAAUGUCAUGACCUCCCAACUAAUGAACAAGGUGAUGAAAACAAGUCUGGAGAAACUGGGAACAAAGAUCCAGAGCCUGAUCCUGCACACUCUGAGACAAGUGAUUAUGGUUCAGAAGAGAGGAGGAUCGAAUCAUCUGCUUCCUCUUCAUCUGGAAAAUGUCAUGACCUCCCAACAAAUGAACAAGCUGAUGAAAACAAGUCUGGAGAAACUGGGAACAAAGAUCCAGAGCCUGAUCCUGCACACUCUAAGACAAGUGAUAAUGAUUCAGAUAAGAAAAUGAUUGAUUCAUCUCUUUCCGCUCCAUCUGGAAAGUCUUCUCACACUCAUCCAACAAAGAAAGAAGCUGAUGAAGACGAGCCUGGAGAAACUGGGGAGAACAAAGGUCCACAGCCUGAUCCUGCAGUCUCUAAGACAAGUGAUCCUGGUUUAGAGGAGAAUGGAGCCAAGAAGGACAUGGGGAUAGAUUCAUCUCGUUCCUCUGCACCUGAAAACCCUCUUCAGACUCGUGAUUUCCCAACAAAUACACAAGCUGCUGAAGACAAGCCCGGAGAAACUGGAGAUGAUCCUGCAGAAUCUGGGACAGGUGGUACUAAAACGAAAAGCACUGAACCGGCAGCAGCAGGAAUGAUCCUGGUGAGAAGGAGAAUGUGGCAACAUCUGAAGAUGAUGCCCCAUCACAAAAACCUGAAGCGAAACCAUGCUCACAUUUGGGAUCAGAAACGCCUCCAGGUACAAAAGGAGAAACCAGCUCUGAUCAGGCUGCUGGAGAUGUGCCACAGCCCCCUCUCACCACAACUAACCCAGCACAGGAGGCCUUACAAGGAGGCAACCAGGCUCUUGAAGCAGAAACACCAGAUGGCCAUAGAGAACUGGAUCAUCCUCCUGACACCGCUGUAGUGACUCGGAGCUCCUCAGUAUCAGAAUCAGUCAACAGUAACACAGAAACUUCACUAAAGCCGCCUGAUGUUGAAAAGAAAGACCCAGAUCUCAACGGUGAGAUCAGACUAAACUCAGAGGGUAGCGGAGCACAGAAAAAAUAGAUAAAACUGUUAACGAGAGUUCGUCCAGGAGACAAACCAUGUAAUGAAAGCUUUAGAGAGAAGAAGAAAAGUGAAACUCCUGAAUAGGCCUUCAUACAAAUGAACACGAGAGAAAAGCUAAGAAGAGAGCAGAUGACAGACGACAUAAGUUCAAGGUAAAGUUCUAAAGAAUGAGGAGGAGCUUCAGUCUGAGAUAAAAGUCUUCUGAAAACAUGGGUGGUUCAUCAGUCGCUGGCCUUUCUCCUUUCUCAGAAAACAGGUAGGAUUUAAAGUAUUAAUAUGAAAAACAGCCAAUAAAGCAGCAGCUAGUCACGGUUUACCGUUUCUGUUCAGAGACUCUGAGAACUAAAGUUGUAUUUGAUUUUCUAAGCAUCUCUUCAGUCCUGCUUGUUUAUUUUUUAUCUGUUUUUUAUACAAAUACAUGUUUUAUUAUCUAUUCUAACAUACCUAUAGAGAUCCACGUGUAUUCUUCUAUUAUAUGAGUUUUACCAUUAAAUUUUAGAACAUUACAUCAGACUUAAGAGAUUUUAAGCCUUAUGCUUAAAAAAUAAGGUUUUGAAAGUGUUUCUAACUGUCGUUGUAAUAUUUUGUUUUUAGUUGCACUGAAACAUAAUAAAGCAUGCAAAUGUUAA